AAAUGAAGAGAUAAGAUUGUGUGCAGCUAUUGAUAUAAAACAGAGGGGGAAAUACACAAAGUAUGUUGAUUUGUUAAACAUAUUAUUUAGUGCCUUACCUGGUUGUGCGUGACGUGUGUGAACCUUUUACCGAAAGUCGCGUACAUAGUUAGGCUCUAGGAUGGACUUCAUAGUUAACUUGUUUUUUCCUAAGAAAUCUGUAGAUUAUAACAAGAAUGACGUUUUGGGCACUGGCAUUUCUGGUCAAGUUUUCUCAGGCACUUUUAAUGGGGAAAAGGUCGCUGUUAAGAGGAUUUUGAAAAAUGUGGGCAACAAUUUGGACGAAGCUGCUCAGAAAAAGGAAGAGGACACCAUGAAAAUUCUGGACCAUCAAAACGUUCUCAAACUCAUUGACGUUCAGAAUGACGAUAAUUUCAAGUAUUUGAUUUUGGAAUUCUGCGUCGGUACACUUUUCGAUUACGUCAAAGGAGACUAUAAGGGCGAAAUUCCUUCCGAGAUCGACGGAAUGAUUCAAAUGGCUAGCGGAUUACUUUACAUCCAUUCCAAUCGUUUUGUCCAUCGAGACAUAAAACCAGGAAACGUAUUGAUUUCUCCAAAGUUCAUUUUGAAAAUAUCGGAUUUUGGAUUCAGCCGGGGAGUCACAGGCUCCGGAAGUUUUUCUAUGUCCAGUGGACCAAAAGGCACACGAGUCUAUUACUCCCCAGAAUUCCUUUCGACGGAGGAGAAAACAAAAAAAGAGAAAGAACAAAUCCGCGUUAACGUCUCGAUCGACAUCUUUUCACUGGGAUGUCUCUUUUUCAAUUACCUUACGAUGGGCGGUCAUCCGUUUGCCAAUGGAGGGCCUCCCAAUGAAGUUCUCACUCCCACUAAUAUUCAAAACGAUGAAAAGAUCCUCAAUGGCACGAUGGGUUUACAGGAGAAUCAUUAUGCAUAUGCCAUGAUUGACGGGAUGACUGAAAAAGAUCCCAGUAACCGUUGGAAAUUAGAACAAGCCCUAGAAACCCUUAAUGAUGAAGCUAAAAGAAUUAGAACGGAAUAAAAUUCAAUUACAAUUUCUGUUUUAAGAUGUGCAUUUGCUAGUUGUUUAUUCGGUUAGGAAAAAAAUCUUAUCUUAAAAGAGAAAGAACACUGGCAGGCAAGAGGAUAUCUGCAUCGCAACACGAAAUGAUAUCACGUUUUGUUGUUGUUUAUAUUACAGCUUACAUGAUUACGUGUGUGUGUGGGCUAUAAGACGUUUUUGCUUUCAAAUAAAGUACAUCAGGCAAGA